AUGGCGCCCCAUGCCUGGCUCGAUUCCCUCUCAGAGGACUGGGUCUCCCAGCCCAGAGACGACUCCUCCCAGGCACAAUUAUCCGUCUUUUCAGACUCGCGCGCCGCCUCACAACAGAGCGACUCCCGCGCAGCAGGCAUAUCGCUACCGACUCCGUCCCAAUCAAUACACAAGCCCGACCUAUCAACGACCGAUGCGCUCGGCGAGAGAAGCUCAAAUAACAUCAAUAUCCAAGCGUCGCAACGCCAGUCAUCCAGAGGCUCUGAUGACGUAAAAUCGUCGCAAAGAGGUAGACACAUCAGUCGAUCCCACUCAGCCUCGGCAUCUGGCUCCGUUCAGCACAACACUAUAGAGCACAAAUCGCUGAGUGCAUCACCGGCCAAGAAUAGAGCUGACAUACCUGAGUGGAGGAGGAGGCUGCUACACCGAGAGGGAGACUAUGCAGAACCGCUGAAUUUGUUCAGCUCAGCCGGCGCCGGUUUAGAAAGCAUGUUCCGCCCACCACCUCGGGCAGAUGCUAUCCCUGAGGAGGCCCACGAUGAGGACCACACAGCCCAUGACAUGACUAUGCCGUCCAGCCCCCCUCCCUAUUUCAAAUCUCGUUCGCAAAAUGUUUCUGGCGGUACAUUUGAAGAGUCCAGCUUGGAGUUUUCCGAGAUCCAACCGGCGCUUCUCAAACAAGGCAUUGCGCAAAGAAUCAACAACGAAAACGAUAGUGGCUCGAGUAUGCUAGAUAACUCGUUCGUCGACCGAGCCACUCAGUCGCGAGACGAUGCGACCAAGAAUCAAGGACAGAGAUCCUCCAUCUCAGCGACUUCCAAACAAUAUCUUGAUGUGUCGCGUCGGGUUAGCGGCAGGAGCGACACCCGGAACGAAGACUUCAGCCCCAUCUAUCUCACGCGACUCAGCAAAGAAGAUGGCAAGAUUACUUUUGCCCCCACAGAGCUCUCUGCAGACUCACUGCGGAAACGGUUAGACGAGAUCCGUCAAGAUCACUCGUUUAUGAAGUCGGAUUCACGCGAACAAGAGUCAACCAUGCCACAAGACGAUCUCGACUCGACUCAAGAUUAUGCCCGGCAGGGUGCUUUCUUGAAUAUCAAGCGAGGAGGCUAUUCCGCAGAAGGAUCCUUCAGGCGUCGCCCACUGAGCCCUGCAGCACAGGCAGAUACGUCUGAAAUGCUGCCCGAGUCUUCAUUACAGGCCAGUACGCCGAAGCACUUUCCAGCCACCAUCAGAAUUAUAGCACCUACGGAAUCCAAUGAUCAUACGUCCUCAGAGAGUCCCGAUUUUCCACGCGGACCAGACCCGAGUCCAGAUAAGCGCCCUGAGCAUAGCCAUAGUAUCGGAGGAAGCCCACUCAAGCUUUUUGGGCCAUAUGACACCUUUACAAACCAAACGUUGAUGCGACGAAUAAGUCAGUUUGAGGAUCCUGUAACUGAGAACCCUUCCUAUGAUGCAUCACUGGACAAUUCGCAUUCGUCAUUGCUGUCAGCACAAGAGGGCAACUCGAGCAAUUCCAUGAUUCCUCCCACUGUCGCUGGCCAGCCAAGAAAGCAACAACUCAGCUGCGGUCACGAUGAAGUCUUGGGAAUUGUCAACAAUUUUGGUGCGGGUGACCUGGAUGACUAUGUCUUCAGCGAAGAUAUUUCAUUGGGACCUGUUGAGCGGUCAGAGUUGCGUGAUAAGGAGAAUGUUGCUCCUAUCAGAAGCUCGCAGACCCGCGGUGUUGUUUUCGACCUUGGACAUAAAUCAUCAUCGUCCGUACUUGAAGACGAGGAACUGAAGUUGGAACUGCGGCGAACGAGAACCAGCACCAAUGCAAGCUCUUCAAAGCAUUCUGCUAGCGGUCUCAGGUCAUCACGCCCGGCAAGCUCGCCCGAGAGGGCCUUGGGCAGCCGCUUCGUUCUCGGAACCCCCAAAAGGGACAGUUCGGAGACAAAACGACCACGUACUUCCCCAUCGAAGGAUCCCACGCCCAAGCGAAGAAGGACUUUGCACAGAUCUGAUAUUGCAUAUGGCCUGGAAGCACACCCUGCAGCUAUCGAAGCUGUUCGGAACGUGCACUGCCAGAUGCAGUCCGGCAUUGGCAGGAAGCGCAAGGAUGCACGACCUAGUGAGUUGCAGCAGUCUGCCAAUUCUGCUGUCAUGGCAAACCGACAGGUGAUUCGACCUCGUACACCAACACCCAGCCAGAGGUCCUCUGUCCAACGCGAGCAAGAGUUCUCUACCGGUUUCUCUCGUGAGAGUAUCAACGCCGCCUUGUCACGGCCUUCUUCGGAGGGCUCUGAUAUGGUCAGUCAGGAUUUUCAACCAAAUGGUUCUCGGAGGGUCUCGAUAAAGACGCAAGACUUUUUUGUGGAAGCAGAAAAAAUCAUGGCAAUGAUCAGAAACAAGGCACGACCAUCCAACCUAUACGAUGGCCUUGACAGCGUCGAUGAGUCUAAAGCAGACAUUUCAAGUCGACGCAAGACCGCAUCGGCAGAAGAAUCAUACGACGACUCUUAUGAAGACUCUUUCCAGGAGCCUUUCUUGAGACCCCCCAGUCGCGAAGGCGGCCCCGUCCUGCAUCUAGCCACUCGACAACAGGACCCUGCAAUUGCUGACAAACUAAAGCAGUAUGAAGAGAAAAGCGACAUGGGAGACCUCAUCACGUACUCCAUGCGCUCUAUGGGGUUGGCCAAGGAGGCCACUCGGGAGGUCAAGAGACUCAACAAAGCUCUGAAGGCGGACCUUCAAUAUAAUCAUACGCGAAGCAGCACUCCAGAGGAAGGGGAAGUCAUUAGUGACCUCUCCAACGUGCGGUUGUCUCGGAACCCUGACGCCUCCAUUGAUGAUGAGCUUGGACCCAUCGCGUCGCAUGGAUCAGGGUCCUCUAGUGGCUCCACUAACUCCAUACCUACUGCUUCUUCGUCGCGCGGCUCGGAGUUCAGGAGAUUAAUUGCACCCGAUGCAGUUAGCCAAGUUAUUGGGGACCAUGUUGGCAAUAUGCAACUGGACAAGGAAAAAAAUGUUUGGAUGAAAGUAAAGACUCCGAGGCGAGAGCCCUUGGGCUUGAACAUCCUGCCAUCUGAGGACAGCGAGGAAGAUCCAUUCGCUAGCAUUCCGGAUCUCUCCGUCGAUGUAAACAAAGAAAAGCAACAUCUCAAUCUCAAGACCGGACCUCUCGAUGAUUUGCAAGAGUACGUCAAAGAGGACUUUCCGCACCCACCUGCGUCCGGUAAAAAGCCUACUGCCACGGACAAGCCCGUCGAUCUCGGCACCUUGCUGAGCUACGCGAAGCAAACCUUUCAAGGCAAAAACAAGAGCAUGCCCGAUGCUGCCAAAGAGGUUGAAGAGGAUGAGGAGGUUGAGCACGAAAUUACACUGGACGAGGAUCGAGUACAGAAGUCGAGUCCAGCUCGGAAACGGAACUUGACCAUCACAUUCUCAUCGCCCGUCGCUUCUUUCAUUCAAGAUGCAUUGCCACAAGAGUUACAUGGGGAUACCACCAUUGACGAAAUCAGUGCCGAGGAAAGUCUGGUCGAUGACGAUUCAGCACAUUCUUCAGAUCGAGGGAGGGGGGUGAAGCCUGGUGCUUCUGCUAUUCGCAAUGUCGACCAAUCGAGAUCUCGAAGCCGUUCCAAGAGUGUGAGACGAAGCCUGUCUGUCAGAGGCAGAACAUUUAUUCCCAGGCCUGUAUCUCGUAUCGAUGAGCAGGAUGAAGAGACGGCGGCUGUUGAAGUAUCGGUGCUUGAACAAGGGCAGCUCAGCAUUCUUGGUGAAUCAAGUGUCAUUCUGCCAAAUGGUGCCGAGCAGCGACGGAACAGUGUCAGUUUCUUGUUUACAACGCCCGCUCCCAUUCGACAGAUUCCUCAGAGACUGGCGACACCAAUCAUCGCAGAACAUGUCGGAAUGCUGUCGCUCAGCCCACUGUCCGAAUUGACUUUCAAUCACGGCGAUCGGUCCAAUGCUCUGGAAGUCAGCUAUGUCGUUGGCGAUGAUUACCUGGUGACUGGAGACAAAUCCAAGCGUGUCAUGUCACAGGCUAUUCGCGCUCUAGUCGAGAAAAUCACAGAGGUUGAACCUUUUGAGCCGGAUUGGGACUCUAUCAGCGUUCUGAACAUCAAUGGCAAACGGUUGGGAAGUUUGCACAAGUUGGACGAGUUCUGUGGUAGUAUCGUUACUAUGGAUGCUUCUGACAACUUGCUCAGUCACCUAGAUGGCGUGCCACCAUCUGUUCGAAACCUCAAGAUCACACAUAAUCAUCUAUCUGAGCUCACUGCUUGGGGUCACUUACUGAAUCUGCAGUAUGUGGACAUUUCCAACAAUCAGAUUAACAGUCUGCACGCUUUCAAGGACCUUGUUCACCUCCGAAACCUCCGCGCGGAUAACAACCUUAUCACAGGUUUGGACGGAAUCAAGUUUCACGAUUCUCUCCAAGUGCUUCGUGCGCGCAAUAACAUGAUAGAGGAAGUCGAUCUUGAAGGAACAAGGCUCCAUCGUUUGACUGAACUUGACUUGCAAGGCAACCACAUUCGCGCCGUGGCCAACAUUGAGCAGCUGUCUUGUCUGUCAACCCUCAAUCUCGAAGACAAUUAUCUGACAUCGUUCGCAACUACAACAGAUGAUAUGCCUUCGCUGCGCUAUCUGCAAUUGUCUGGCAAUGCCAUUACAGAAUUAAGCCUUGCAUCUUUUCCCUCACUACGGCUGCUUCAUGCAGAUCGAAACCAAUUAACCACCUUGAAGGGAUUUUCUCGCACUCGCAGACUUGAUAGUCUCUCUCUCCGAGAGCAGAGGGGCGAAGAACCGCUAAACAUAUCAUUCUUGACUGCUGCGUACGAGGUUCGCAAGCUUUUCCUGUCUGGUAACCUUCUGGCGACUUUUGAUCCAAAGGUGGAUUUUCUCAACUUGCAGUAUCUUGAACUCGCAAACUGUGGAUUGCAGUCAUUGGGUGCAAAUUUUGGGCAGCUAAUGCCCAACUUGAGAACCUUGAAUCUGAAUUUCAAUGCACUGGAGGACUUGUCUGCCCUACGCUUCAUCCCCAGGCUGAAGAAGCUUCUCGUGGCAGGCAACAGAUUGUCGGAUACAAUCGCCUUGGCCAACCUAUUACCAGAGUUUCCACACCUGGCCAAGCUAGAUUUGCGAGACAAUAUCGCCACAUUGGGUUUCUACCCACCUAUUCAGAGCUUGGUCUCUGUGGAACAAGAGUCGGACUUGGAUCCAUUUGUCUUGCCAGAUGCGAACAAGGAGCGAGAUGAUAGCUUUUCCAAAAGACUGGAUUUAGGCACAAAACAAAAGAGGCGAUUCUACGAGAUCGCCGUUACGCAGCGCUGUGGACGACUCAAAACACUAGACGGACUAUCCGUUGACAGGCAGCGUAUCCGCCAGAAGGACCAUGUCUGGCAAGCACUGCUGGAUUGCGGCGUCAUCUCCCACGUCAGCAAGAAGGACACAGAGGGAGAUGGAACAAUACGCACCCCUGAAGCGACAGGUGAAACGCACGAAAUAUGA